AAUGUAUUGGACCAAAACACACCGUGCCGGUUGUGAUAACCUCCCAAUCCCUCAGACCCAUCAGAUUAAGUUAAUCAGGAAGAUCGGUCAACUGAACGUGACAUCAAGUGUCUACGAUGGACACCACCACAGCCUGGACCGAAGUAUCCCAGAUAUGGAAGGAGAACAGACACGAAUUGGUUCUCUCAGGUGCCAAAGUCUCUCAAAGAAUAGCUGAGAAUGGGUUGGACAAGAAUAUCUUCCACCUCCAGGGAUUGAACUACUUGAACAUCAGUCAUACGUCCCUGGAGACGAUUCCCCAGGACCUCUCGAGGCUGGAGAACCUGACGACUCUGGUCCUUCACUCCAACAUGAUCUCCAACAUUCCAGAGGAAAUAAAAGCCCUGUCGAAGCUGAAGGUCAUCGACUGCUCGAGAAAUCGGCUGAAGGACAUACCACAGGAGCUCUCCAACUUUCCUCAACUCAUGACUGUCAACUUGGGAUCGAACUUGCUUAAGCAUCUGCCCUGUCAGAGGAUGAACAUCAAACUGGCUGCUCUGGACCUCUCUAAUAAUCAGUUCGAGGUGUUUCCAGAUGUUUGUUAUGCUGAGCUGGUGCAUCUGGCUGAAAUCAGGGUCAAUGGGAACAGGAUUAAGGAGAUCCCUGGAGCUAUCAAGGUCCUGCCUUCGUUGAAGCUGCUGGAUUUGGCUGACAAUUGCAUUACAGAUGUACCUGGAGACCUUGCUGAUUGCGUGAAGCUGAAAGAUCUCAACCUAAAAGGAAAUCAACUUCACGACAAGAGGCUCCACAAGCUCGUAGACCAGUGCAGAACAAAACAAAUUCUUGAUUACGUCAGGCAGCAUGGUGUCAAGUCAGAAAGCUCAGCUGGGCAGUCUGGCAAGAGCAAGAAGGAUAAAAAAGGGCGCAAAAACUCGGAGAGCGAACAUUUGAUCAACGACAUCGAGGCAGUCACCCAUCAGCUGACCGUCUUCAGGGUGUCUGAUGACAGCAGAGUCGUCAAGAUUCUGGAGAACGUCAAGUCUGUCAGACCUCACAUCGUCUGUUGCAUCGUUCGUAAUCUCAAUUUCACUGAGGAGAACUUCAAGAAGUUCAUUCAACUGCAGACGAAAUUGCAUGAGGGCAUCUGUGAGAAAAGGAAUGCAGCAACGCUGGCGACGCAUGAUCUCGAUCUGAUUGUCCCAGGAGAUCUGACGUACACAGCAAAGCCACCCAAAGAGCUGAAAAUCAAGCCCCUCAACAGGAGUAAAACAUACUCCGCAGCAGCUCUGUUUCAGCAGCUUCAGACUGAAGCCGAUAAUCUGAGACGUGAGAAGAAGAGGAACGUCUACUCAGGAAUCCACAGAUACUUGUACCUGAUCGAGGGAAAGCCAUCCUUUCCCUGUCUGCUAGAUGCAUCUGAUCAAGUCAUAUCACUGCCUCCAAUCACUAACAGUGAGAUUACGAAAAUGUCGACUAACACCAAGAACAUGUUGGUGGAGGUGACGAGCAGUACUUCACAGCAGAUUUGCAGGAAUGUUAUGGAUCAAUUCCUGAAGGAUCUGCUGCCAAUCGGGAUUGCCACACCCCAGAGCAACGAACAAACCCUUCAACAGUACCACAAACUGGAGAUUGAACAGGUAAAGGGGGUCGAUAUCGAGGGGAACAUGAAGCUCGUCUACCCAUCGCGUACCGAUCUUGUGUUCGAUGACAAGGUAAUCACCGUGGUUCGAGAGUAACGAAUAAAUUCAGUGUGUCAGGAACUUUAUUUUGAAAAUGUAAGUUAACGAAUGUUUUGAUAUAUUUGUGUACCUCAGACCGUCUGCAGAUCAGUUGUGAGCACAAGUUUAAUGAAUUUAUCUCACCUCA